AUGAAACGCAAUCAUCACAACACCUUCCCCGGCUUAAAGGCCGCGGCAGCAGUCUUUCUCGCCGUCCAGGGUGUAGACGCAGGACAGGUUCAAUGCGCUGAUGCACAGAAUAAAGUCGUCCCGGGUACGAACUGCGACGGUAAAGCAACAGCUGGAGAAUUCUUUCUGUUCAGCAGCGAAGAAGAGUACACAUUGGGUGCUACUGUCGACCCAAACAUCCUCAAGCUCGAUAGCGCCGGUAUCUUUGAACAACGCUACGCUAUGUUUCCGGCGGACAUCCCUAUAAGGGGUUUGCAAUUCAACGGCUUCGGAAGACCAGUUCGGAAGCGACAAUGCGAUACUGGUGGUAACGAGGGCGGCAAUGGUGGUGGCGGUCGUGGCGGUAUUGGUGGCUGA